AUGCUCAUUUCGGAGAACGAUGAUAAACUGCAGACCCGACUCAUCGCUAAGUAUUCAAAGAAUGUCAAAUGGCUUAGGAACAAGCGUUUUGGUUCAAUAUCUAUUAACACCAACACCAUCAUCAAUCUCACAAACAUUGAACUCACUACAGUACAGAAGGAAUUACUUUCCAGAGGCACUGACUUCGGAAUACCGCCAAAAUCCAACAUGAAAGAACAGGUCCUGACCGACUUCGAGUUAUUCUACCGCAAACUAGAAGAGUUUGUGCCGGUAACACAAUCGAAGAAAGCGGUAUGCACUGCUAACCUCCGUGCUGUAGCAGAGGAACAUGCCGAGCAGCCGGUGGAUAGGAAAGCCUUUUCAUUAUCGAGAGAGCACAUGAAAGCCCGGUCAGAAUUGAAAGCGAACAAGGAUAUAGUCAUCACUAGACCGGACAAAGGCCGCGCCACUGUAGUCAUAAGUCGAACUGAAUAUAAGUCCAAAAUGGCCAAAAUUUUGGAUGACAGGACCAAAUUUGAGUUGCUUGGCCCUGUAUCAACGCACGAUCGAACUCUAAUCCGAGAAAAGCAACUAGUGAAAUACCUGCAGACACUGAAAAACACAAAUGAAAUAUUCGCAUCUGAAUUUGCACGGAUAAAGCCAAUCGGUUCGGUGCGACCUAGGAUGUAUGGCUUGCCAAAAAUUCACAAGCAAUCUUGCCCGCUACGUCCGAUACUCUCCAUGACUGGCUCAGCGGAAUACAGAAUAUCCAAAUGGCUGUGUAUGAUGAUCCAGCCAGUGCUGGAUUUCUACUGUAAGCACAACGUCAAAGACACCUUCCAGUUUGUUGAAAUCUUACAUGAGAACCCAGUUCCAUCUUCUGCGCACAUGUGUUCCUUUGAUGUUGUCAGUCUGUUUACAAACGUACCAUUAUCCGAGACAAUCAAUAUCUGUGCUGAAACACUGUACCACAACAAGGAAAUAAAAGAUGUACCAUGGCUGUCCGAAGCGGCUUUUCGCCGCUUGAUGUUGAUGGUUACGAGUGGUGUGGAGUUUUCAUUUGACGACAUCAUGUAUAAACAGACGGAUGGCGUGGCUAUGGGUUCUCCAUUGGGUCCGGUCCUAGCCAAUGUGUUUGUUGGGUACUGUGAAUCGAAGAUAGAUAAGUGGCCGGAAUUGUACGUCAGGUUUGUGGAUGACUCCUUCACGUACUUUGAUUCGAGAGCAGACGCUGACGACUUUCUGCUGAAACUGAAUACAAUCCAUCCUGCACUGAGAUUUACGUGUGAACAUGAAGAGUCCAAUAAGCUAUCGUUUCUGGAUGUGUUAGUCGAAAAGACCCAGACUGGUGUAUUGACUACAGUAUACCGUAAACCCACUUUCACCGGGCAGUACAUGAUGUUUGACUCGUUCUGCUCUUCCCAGUACAAGUCAAACUUAGUUCGUAACCUUGUAAAUAGGGCACAACGCAUUUGUUCACCAACAAAGCUACAACAGGAACUUGAUUUUCUACGCUCCGUAUUUGUGAAGAAUGGCUACCCGCAGCAGCUCCUCGACAAACUUCUAACAACUACACCUGUUGUUAAGGAACGAGCUAUCGGACCGUUGCCGUGCCGCGUAUUUCUUUGCUUGCCCUGGAAAGGGAAAGAAUCGAAGGACACGGCCCGUGUGGUGAAAUCCCUAGUGGAGAAAACCUACUUUGCCACCAAUGUGGUUACCGUGUUCACUACGAUCCGUUCGUUCACGAUGUUGAAGGAUGUCCUACCAACCCUACAAUUGAGUCACCUCAUUUACUACUUUGAAUGCCGACAAUGUGGUAGUCGGUAUGUUGGUAGGACCCUUCAACAUCUGUCCGAACGUAUCAAACAACACGUGCCGCUCUCAAUAUUGUCACAGGCGGCGAGGUCCUCCCGACCAAAGCGUGGCCGACCACGUAAGCACCCAACUCCACUGUCCGUUCCGGCAGAGGCUUCUGCUCCACAAACGGUGUCUCGGAAAAACCAACACAGCACGCAGAAAUUGGGAACAAACAUUAAUGUAAACAAAGACGAACACUGUGUCUUAUCUUCAUUAUCAGCGAGUACCGGAACGCCGGACGCAGACAACCGCAACUCACCAAAGCUGAGAAGGAGCAAACGGCUGGCGGCAGCUCGGUUUGCAGAGUCUCUUUGUUAG